AGUUGUGUCACCAUAGUUGGAUACAUCUCGCGUAAAGAUUCGUAAAGACAGGACCGCGUCAACGCGCGUAACGCGCGGCUAAAAGAGACGCGGAUAGAGAUAGCUAAUCAUUAUGCUGUUUUUUUUAGGAGCAAAAUGCUGAUUGAUUACCGCGUUGUUCCUUGUCACACGUAACGCGUUGACGCAGCCGGCCUAAAGUACGCAAAAAAUGAACUCUCGUCUCACCGCAACACAAGAUCACAUUCUGUCUUUUCAACAUCGAACAAUAAGACGCGAAGUAUAUACUUCAAAUAUAUAAAUUGUAGUUUUAAGUGAAAAUCAAGUGGAACAUCUCGAUAUAACUCAGACGUGUGGUUUUUUCGAAUUAAUAGAAAGUAUAAUAUUUUCUCAUGGAAUUCUGAUAUUUGAGCAGUGACACUCCACCGGCAUGCCAACAAAAAUACUAGAUUGCACGUUGAGUACAACGACGACGAAUCGCGCUACAAUGAAACCAAAGAAACUCAAGUGGAACAACUUGUGCAACUUGUACCUGAACAGCAGCAGAAAGCUCGGUAUUAAGCUCCGUCGUGCGUAAGACGGGAAAGUGCCACGCGUUCUACUUUUGAUCAGUUAAAUCCUUCGUUGAAAAAAAAAACAUCCCGUAAUAUCCGUGAAAUUGAAAAAGAACCAGUCGAAACGAUCGCAUUGAGAAGAUGAAGAACGUAAAUUCAAGCGUUAAAUACUGUUCGCUUGAUUCGUUCCAUUCGUUUCUUCGGCUUUUUUCAUUGUCGCGACCUCGGUAAAGCGUGAAAUAGUGAUAACAAAUGUUUUCGAGUGUGUAACUCCAAUUUGUGACCACAAUGCUCAAUAAUUUCACCAUGUCGGUCAUCGACGAUUUCGAAGACAUCGCGUCGAACAGCACCAACACGACGGACUUUCCCGAUUACGACAUCAACGAGUCCUUCAGCCAUUUUAAUUGGAAAGAGCUGGGUCCUGUGCUGGUGGUCUACAUUUUGACUUUUUUCCUCGGAUUAAUCGGAAACGUUAUUAUCAUCACUUCGACUCUUUGCCCGAGACUCAGACCGCUACCGGCGACGCCGACAAACGUUUUCCUUGGAGGUCUGGCUACAGCUGAUCUUCUGUUGAUCAUGUUCUGUAUACCGGUGAAGAUAGCGAAACUGUUCUCUUACACGUGGACGAUGGGUCUCUUUCUAUGCAAAGCGGUGCAUUACAUGCAGAGCGUAUCGGCUAUCUGCUCGGUUGUUACUCUUACGGCUAUGUCGAUCGAAAGGUAUUAUGCAAUAGUGCAUCCAAUGAGAGCGCAGUAUACGUGCACUAUCAGUCAAGCUCGCAAAAUCGUGAUAAUUACCUGGAUCGCGGCAUUUCUGCUCGGGAUUCCAAUGGCGUUUACACAAACGCAUAAAAAAGUCGGACUGAGAUACAUUGCUUACUGGUGCGUGCGCGAUUCCGAAGCCGCGCUUCUGUGGCGAGCUCACGAGGUUUACAUGCUCGUCGUGGUUCUUUUGCUGCCGCUAAUCGUCAUGACGUUUUGCUACACGACCAUCUGUUGGGAAAUCUGGCGUGUUAUGAAGCGCCGGCAUCACAUGACAUCACGACACGCACUAAAUCCAAAUAGUUUGGAUACGGAAUCUAUACCUAUGACGCAACGGCAGGGUGGAAACGAGCGAAAAUCGCGUAAAGACGACGACGACGAGUCACGGACUAUCAAGCAGGUGGUGAAGAUGCUGGUAGCUGUCGUGGUGCUGUUCGCCAUCUGCUGGGCUCCUAUGCUUAUCGAUAAUGUCCUGACCGCUUACGGUGUCUUCCCGCGUAUCAAACACGGAGCGCACAAGCACUUCAACACCGCGUUUCAGUUGAUGGCCUACUUUAACAGCUGCAUAAACCCGAUAAUUUAUGGGUUUAUGUCGAAGCACUUCAGGGAAAGCUUCUUGUCGGCCGCCUGCGGCGGAUGGUGGAUUUGCUGUCCCAGAAGAGGCUAUAGAGCAUCAGUAACGAGGCAUCCCAGCCUCAGCCAGACCAGAACCACCAGUAUGAGGUGGAUUCGAAACUCCUUCCAUGAGUCGAAGUCCCGAAACUCGACCGACGUGCAUCUCGUAGCCUACCCAUGACACGUCUGCGGGGUUCGCAAGCCCCCGUGCAACCUGGUCGGCUCUGACAGCCAGAAAUCUCGAAAUCCCGCGCAUGUUGCCACGCAUGUCCGACUAGGAUAGAGACCAAAAUGGAGAACACGACUGGAUCGAGAUGGACCUGAUUCUUUCUUCAUUCCCGGGUCAGGUCAUCGGGAGAGGUCUCCGUCGGAUAAGGAUUGCAAUUCCGACACGUGGGAGACGCGAUUAUAGAAUUUACAGAGAUGUAACACACGUUGACCGCUUGUUGAUCCUUUUGUCCGCCUACGAUCGACAGCUGUCGGUCUCAAGAUGCUGAAGUGACACACAAGUUUCGUGAACAACUUUGCGGAGUUGCCGUCUACUUAGACACUCCCGCAAGUUAAUGUAGUAAAGUAAGUCACUCACGACGUGUACACUCGUGAUCUAUUUAUCAACGACUCUCUCUCUCGGCGCACCUCAACGCGUCGUGGCGGCAUUAUUACUCAUUCGUCGCGUGGGCGAGAUAAUUGGACAGCUGAUUAAUUGGAUAGUCGGACAAUUGAACAGUUAACAAUCAGAGCCUCGGUAAAUAUAGAUGGACAGGUCAAGAGGAUGAAAUUUUAGAUGUCGGCAACGCGGCCAGUAACGGAUGACGAUCGCAUAUCUAGGAUAGUCAUCAACAAUGAGAUAUAAAUAAUUAUAGCGUAUAAAUAUAGAAAUGAGUCGUUUUUUU